AUGCUGACGGCGGGGGCGGUGUCGCAGGCGCUCGACGACUUGUUGGCGAUGGUGGACGCCACCCACUUCACUGCCCGUCAAAAACAGCUGGUGCGGGCGCUGCUUCACGCCAUCCAAAAGCUUGUCAUCGCCCAAGCCGAUGACCGGGUCGUCGUCGCUGCUGGCCACCUAGCGCUUGCGUUUAAAGGUCUCCUUGACGAAGGUGCUCGACCUGACUUUGACACUGAAGAUCUCAUGCAUAAGCUUAAGUUUACUCUGGUUCUGGCGCCGUUUCCUUCUUCUCGUACCGGUCCGGUGAGUCUGACCCCUAAACGGGCACUGGUGAUGGCGAUGCCUCAAUUGGGUAAUCAGCGACGACUGCCACGGCCUUUGGUAAACCGUUACUCAAUGGAUAUGGCCCCGAAUGAGAGACAAACUCGGCAUUCUCCGUUACGGCAACCACCGGUGAAUAAUCGCAGUUUCAUUGAAGAAGAUGACCUGGAAGAGUUUGAUGAGGAUGAGGAUGAUCUCGCUAACUCGUUCGAUAAUCCAUUUGUGCAACGCCGAUAUCUGCAACCGGUGAUGAGACCGUUUCCGUGA